AUGGAUGACGUAUAUUGGCAUGUUAUGAUUGAUGGAAUUGCUAAUUAUGGGCCAGGAUUCAAGCCUCCAUCUAUGCAUGAUAUGAGGACUUGGAUCCUUAAAGAUGAAGUGAAAGACAUCGAUAGCAGGUUGAAAGAUCACAAAAAAGCUUGGAAGGAAUAUGGAUGUUCUAUCAUGAUUGAUGGAUGGACCGAUGGGUGUUCAAGGGUCUUAAUUAAUUUCCUUGUGAAUAGUCCUGCUGGUAUGUGGUUUUUAAAAUCCAUUGAUGCUUAUAAUUCUAUAAAAAAAAAUGGUGAUUUGUUGUUUAAGUAUAUGGAUGAGGUGGUUGAGGAAGUUGGUGAGGAGAAUGUUGUGCAAGUGAUAACUUAUAAUGCGAAAAAUAUGAUAAAUGGUGGGAAAAAGCUUAUGGAAAAAAGGCAAAAACUCUAUUGGACUCCAUGUGCUAUACAUUGUUUGGAUCUCAUGUUGGAGGAUAUUGCAAAAUUGAAGAUCCAUGCAAGCACAAUCCUAAAGGCUAAGCAAGUUGUGAAAUUUAUUUAUAAUCAUUCCUAUGUAAUUGCAAAGAUGAGGAAGCAUUUCACCGACAACGAAGAACUCAUCUGCCCUGCAGUGACACGCUUUGCUACUGCAUUUUUGACACUUCAGAGCAUUUACAAACAAAAGCGAAGCCUUCAAUCUAUGUUUUCUUCGGAGAAGUAG